AUGUUUGCCAAAGGUGAAGGCAUUGCGGGGAACACCUCGAAAGCUCUUGUGGAGCGCUUGGUGGGGGCACGGCCGACGGACAGGAAGCCGUGCCAGCUCUACUGCAGACCCGACGUUUCUUUGGCUGGUCGUCCAGUGCCUAGCAUGACUGGACCAGCUUCUGGCCCUGCAGGUUGUGGUGCUGCGAACCAAGGUCGAAUGCUGGCGAUGAUCCAAAGGGAGGCACUCCGGGGUGAGACGCCGGAUGAGCCUACCUUGAGCGAAAGCUCGGGGAGGGAGGAGAGCGAAAGGCAGAAUGGCAGACGCAGCAGAAAUCGAAGUGGUGCACAGGCGCAGGAUGGAGCCAUCGUACCUCUGAAGCAGGAAGGUGGACAGUUGAGGAAAGAUUCUUCAGGAUUCGAUCCGUUGUCAGUGGCGCUCCCGACAUUUCGGAGGCCGCUCUUUCCGAUGCAGCAACAAAUCAUUCAGGUCACUUCGCCGAAGAUUGCGAAGGAGCUCAUGAGUCUGGCUGAGAAGCGGCAAGUGACAAGUGUGAGCCUUUUCCUCCACAAAACUGCGGCGUCCCAACUUGGUGAGCCCAAGGAUGGGGAAGAAGAGGAGUUGCUGCCUUCACUGAAGUUGGAGGAAAUCACUGAUGAAGACCCCAUGGAAGUCUUACAUGGCAUUGGCACACAAGCGCGAGUCCAGCAGGUUCUCCCUAUUUGGUCCCAGAAAAAUGGCGAUGUCGUGGCACUUCAGAUGCUGGUGGCAGGCACCCGAAUUGUGCAACUGGAGAAGGUUCUGCAACGUGGUCCACCUUUGCAGGUACAGAUUGCUGAAGUGACACAAGUGCCCUGGGACAACAAGGAUGAGAUGUUGAAAGCCACCCUGCACGAAACCAUGCAGACGGUGAAGGAAAUCAUGAGAGUCAGCCCGAGCUUUAGGGAGCACGCGGCAAUGCUCAACCAGGGCUAUGCCAACAUGGCACAGUUGGAGCCAAACACCGUCGCGCAUUUGGCCGCCUCAAUGACCACUGCGGAGGGUGAGGAGCUUCAGAAGGUGCUGGAAAUCACGAAUCCGACCGAAAAAUUGAGGCAUGCCUUGGAGCUGUUGAAGAAGGAAUUGGAGUUGGCCAAAUUGCAGCAGAAGAUUUCGAAUCAGAUCGAGGAAAAGAUGUCCAAAAAUCAAAGAGAGUUUAUGCUUCGGGAGCAGCUCAAGUCCAUCAAGAAAGAGCUGGGCAUUGAUAAAGACGAUGGUUCAGAGACCAUCCUGCAGAAGUUCAAAGAACGCUUGGAAGGCAAAGAGGUCCCCAAGGAAGCCAAUGAGGCCAUUGAGUCCGAGUUCGAGAAAUUCGCCGGCCUUGCGAAGGAAUCCCAAGAGUACCAGAUGACCCGAAACUACUUGGACUGGCUGACUAGCAUGCCGUGGAGUGUUUACAGCAAGGACACCUUUGACCUGAAGAAGGCUCAAGAGAUCCUGGACCGAGAUCAUUAUGGCCUGGCGGACAUCAAGGACCGAAUCCGAGAGUUCAUCGCUGUGGGUGUGCUGCGUGGUUCUAUGCAAGGCAAGAUCCUGUGCUUCGUGGGUCCUCCUGGCGUUGGGAAAACAUCCAUCGGCAAGUCUAUUGCCGAGGCCUUGGGCCGCGAGUUCUACCGAUUCUCCGUCGGCGGGUUGUACGAUGUGGCAGAGAUCAAAGGUCAUCGGCGCACUUACGUUGGAGCCAUGCCCGGCAAGAUCAUCCAAUGCCUGAAGAAGACUCAGACCUCCAACCCGCUGGUGCUCAUUGACGAGGUGGACAAGAUCGGACGCGGUCACCAUGGAGACCCCUCCUCCGCACUUUUGGAACUCCUAGAUCCAUCUCAAAAUUCUGCCUUCAUGGAUCACUACUUGGAUGUACCAGUGGACUGUAGCAACAUCCUCUUCGUAUGCACCGCAAACGUGUUGGAUACCAUUCCAGGACCCCUCUUGGAUCGAAUGGAAGUGAUCCGACUCACAGGCUAUGACCUACAAGAGAAGAUGAAGAUUGCAGAGAACUACUUGGUGCCUAGUGCCAUGGUGGAGGUUGGAUUAAAACAAAAGGAAGACAAGACAAAGGAAAAGGAGGCAACUCCACCGAAGCCAGAGGAAACCCCGGCUGAAAGUUCCUCAGACGCCGCCUCCGAGGUAGCUGGCGAAGCUUCAGAGAUCAAGCCCCAAAAGCCUGAGGUGAAGGCAGUCAUUGAAGCAAAUGCCAUUGAGUCGUUGAUCCGUUGGUACUGCAGGGAGGCUGGUGUGCGGAACCUCCAAAAGCACAUUGAGCGCAUUUGCCGCAAGAUGGCCACCAAAGUGGUGGAGCAAUGGGAAGGACGCACAACAGAGGGCGACGCAUCUGAAAAGGACACUGCUGAGCCUUCGCCGAUGGAGUUGCGAGUCGAUGAAGCGGCUUUGACGGAAUACGUCGGAAAACCAGUCUUCACAUCAGACCGGCUGUAUGAAGGCAGCUUGCCCUCAGGCACCGUCACAGGCUUGGCCUGGACGGCCAUGGGGGGCUCCGUGCUGUACAUCGAAGCCACGGCGCUACCCCGACGCCGGGCCGAUUCGGAGCGCCCCGCAGCGGUACCGCCGAGCUUGGCGGUGACGGGGCAGCUGGGCAACGUCAUGAAGGAGUCCUCUCAGAUUGCCCUGCUGGUGGCACGCCGUCAGCUGCAAGCACGGAAGCAAAGUGGAUUCUUUGAGGAACAUGAGCUGUUUCUGCAUUGCCCAGAGGGUGCUACUCCAAAGGAUGGGCCAUCCGCUGGUGUGACCAUGACCACUGCCCUCCUUUCCUUGGCAAUGGAGAAACCGAUUCCCACCGACUUGGCCAUGACCGGAGAGGUCUCAUUGAAUGGAAAGGUGCUGGCAGUCGGUGGCAUCAAGGAGAAGACGAUCGCUGCAAGACGCGCAGGUUGUAAGACUUUGGUCUUCCCCGAAGCAAAUCGCCGGGACUAUGAUGAACUGCCCAAAUAUUUGCAAGAUGGCCUGACAGUACAUUUUGCCAGCCACUUUGAUGAAGUCUUUGAUGUGGCCUUUGCCGAGAAAGCCAUGCAGAUCAAGGUGUUCUACAGUCCGGACGCCAGCAAGAGCGCUUUGCUGGAUGUGCAGCCAUCCGACACCGUGAAGGCCGUGAAGCAAAAGAUCAUUGCCCUGCACAGCCCUCCGGACUGGGCUAACACCGCUCUUCUGUCCACGAAGGGGUCAACGGACUACCUGCAAAACAAGUCACUUAGCCAAGUUAGAAGAGAAGAGGUUGGCCCAGUGUGGAAUCGAGGACACGGGAAUGACCUGAUUUUGGUGUCAGGUGGAAGGGCAAUUGGGUUUGAACAUGCAUCACCGGAGGAUGGGUCCAGCCUAAAAUUUGCCUAUGCCCGGAAUCUGACCCUGAUGGAGAAGGUGGAGUUGAGCUGCCAGGCUCGUUGGGACCUCGGGUCUGGACUUUUGGAUCUUUGCAGAAGGCGAACCUCUUCCGAUGUGCAGAGUUGUGGACUCGCGGAGAAGCGACAAAAGGCGUUUUUGUCGUUUCAGGGAGCAGCUGAGAAGCACUGGUAUUUGCUGUCGGCCCCCUUAGACUUCACAAUCCUGAAGGGUUGGCUCAAGACGAAGCAUGUGGCGAGUGUCGGGCGCACUGGGCCCACACCGGAGGAGCCAUGCCAUAUGAGUCCGCCCACUGAAGAACUCAGUGACAGCCCAGACGAGCCCCAGUCUGCCGAAGGCGAUGGCUCAAUACCGGAGAAUGGUUUGGCACACCUCAGCGAUCCUGAUGAAGGUGGGCUGCGUCGUGGCGAGUCAUUCCGAUCCUCCGUGAAGUCGCGUGCCUCUGCAGACAGCACGCUGACCAGUACUCAGGACAACAAGAAACGCGUGCUGGAGCACUUAGAGAAGUACUACCACGAGACCCAUUUCACACGACAAACCUCGGAUGACCAGCAGAAACAGACCGCUCAGCGAUGCAUCUUACCGCGGAACUUCAUAGUGCCACGCAGCAGUGUGAAAAGAUCUUUGCAAAUCAUGGACCAGAGAGACACCCCUGACUGUCCUGGCGAGGUCAAACUGGGCGAGUUGCUUAAGGCAGUCGACCGCUUCAACCGAGCCUUUGGGGAGAAGAAACAUCCCAAUUGGGAUGUUGAGCUCAUGGAGGAGUUGGGAAUCAAUACGACUGCCAGCACCUUUGACCCGGACUGGAGCGUCUCGUGGAACCGCUCACCAAUCUAUUCCCGUUUCUGCGUGCAGUUGGGCCAGCUGGAGCGUCUCUAUUUCAUCCUGGAUAUGGGAGACAACUCUUCGCGCAUUUCCACUUUGGUUUCCGGUUUCCUCUUCACCGCUGUGGUGGUGUCGUUGUCCUGCUUCAUCUUUGGGACCGUGGAGGGCUUUCGCAUGCUCCCUUGUGCUGGGAUGGAAAUCAAUCAAUGUGUUCCUGCUGAGCCACCGUGGAUGGCCAUGGCUGAAAGAAUUUGUGUGUGGAUCUUCACGCUGGAAAUCGUCUUACGCAUCAUAAGCGCCCCUCAGGCUCGGCGAGAGCUGUUGAACCACAGAUAUAUCAUUUCCAUCAUCGCGAACGAAGAACUCCCGUUUUCUCCUCCGAUGACGGCAUGUGGAAGAUUUGCGACCUUUACUUUCUCAUUCGAGGCCAUUUGUGACAUUCUGUCAGUGGCGCCCUUUUGGGCCGAGCUCCUGCUGAUGGUGCUUCUGGCGGAUCAAACGGGCCAGGUCCAGAACUUCAACUUGCUGAGGAUUCUCAAAGUGACGCGAGUCUUUCGCAUCUUCAAGCUGACACGGGCAUUGAAUGCGGACUUGGGGCAGUUCAACGAGAUCAACGACCUGUUGAAGAAGGUCAUGAGCAAUGCGUUUCCGGCCAUCUUGAUGACAAUUCUCUUGAUCUUCAUGGCAUUAUUCUUUUUCGGCACCUUUGUGUGGUUCCUGGAACGUGGUGAGUGGGUUCCCAGAGGCGAUCCCAGAUAUGAGGAUUUGGUCACCGGUGACCGCGGAAGUGAAACAGGUGCAUUCAUCCGCGUCUCAAAUGAUGGUCUGACGGAGGAACUGAGUCCUUUUGACUCGGUGCCUGGUGCCUUCUGGUGGACUUUGGUAACCAUCUCCACGGUGGGCUAUGGAGACCAGGUGCCCAACUCCCACUUGGGCAAAAUGGUGGGAGGUGUUGCGAUGCUCUAUGGCACCGUCAUCCUGGGGCUUCCCCUCUUCGUGGUGGGUGCCACCUUCGGGCAGGAGUACGACAGGCUCAUGAAGGCCGCCAAACGAAGGAGCAAUCUGCAAAACCAGGGAAGGAAGGCCACUAUGACCCACGCGGAGAAGCUGGGCCAAUUUGCAAAGGCCACAGGGAACUUCAUCUCAGCCUACACCAACCUCUCUGAGGCCAUGGAGGAGCUGGGCACCGUCCUGAAGAUCCCCGAGAGGAUUCGAACCAAUUGGCAGGCGAGCGUUCAAACUGCUCUGCUGGAGUUGCAACCAGUGCCUGCCAUGGACAUUCUGUGCACACGUGUGGUCCUGUAUUUGUCAGAGAUCGAAGAGAUGUGGAAUUCCACGAUGACUUCAUCAGACCCACAGGCGUCUCAGGAGUCCGUGAUUAUGAUCCACGCCUGCCGUCGAUUGAGAUCUGCAUGGUACAGGUUAAACAUCACGAGUUGUCAGCUGGGAAUGGUGCCCACUGAAGUGCUGUCUAAGGUGUUGUCUGAAUUUCUGGGCAAUGAUCGAGAAGGAGCUGCACGUGAUAGCAAAAGUGCUGAAAGGGGUGCGGCUGUGCGGGAGGUCGACAUCCUGGAAUUAGAGGAAGCUACAGCUGAAAAGGUCGUUGCACCGGGUCGCAAUCCUUUACAGGAGUUCUGGCAACUGGCGGCCAUUGAAAAUGAGGGCUUCUGAGGUUCGAAGUGAGACACUACCUGUUUGGGAUGCGGCUUGCAGAAAUGAACCUGGAUUCUGAUUGGAGUACUUCAACCGAGCAUGAUGCAUGAUUCACAUGGUUCAAGAAAAAAUGUGCUAUGACGCUGCAUGGCUUGCUCAACUCGAUUUCAGCUUCCUGGCUCCACUGUGGCACGCGUGUAAAAGAUACAUUGAGAUUGACCUCGGCUGUGGUGGCCAAGCCGCCAUUGACCGCUUUUCAGUUUUUUGGCCUUCGCGGAGCCUACCCCAAGGGAAGGCUUGCUGGCGAUAAUGCUAUUUCCAUCUAUUUCCUGCCUCUGGAAUCCUGGAACACUG